AUGGAGAAUUUCCCUUCGAAUAAUGACUUGGAGAAUGCGAUAAGCGAGCUAUUUCAGGGCAGGGAACAAGCCGUACAGCUGCAAAACCGUCUCAACACGCGGCCCGAUUACGAAGAUUACGACCAUUUGCUUCCGAGAAUACUCCAUUGUUACGACCGGGCGCUCUCCAUGCUCGGAAACCACCGCCCUCCUCCAGUUCCGGCAAGCUCGAACCAAGACUCUGCUAAGUCGGCCGGUAGUAACGACUCGGAUCAAGGUGAUCCCAACAAGGGCCAACCUUCUUAUGGCAAAAGAAUGUACUACAGAUGUAGCCACAGGCAUGGGCUGGGCUGUCCAGCCACAAAACAAGUUCAAAAAUCCGACGACGACCCAACGAUUUUCCACGUCACAUACCGACGGAAGCACACAUGCAGCCCAUGUGAAAACCCAACUAAUAUCAGCCCACCCGCAGCACAGCCCAAUCCACAAAACGAAGAUCCAAGCCCAUCAGCCCAACAAGACCCAUUUAAUUACACUUUGCCACUGGCCGUCACUAAUAAUUCCGAAAACGACCACAUUUUCUCGGAUUGUGACAACAUUUUGGGAGAUUAUGGCAAUAUUUUGGACCCUGCAACAUUCGGGUCAGACUUUUUUCCAGUAUCCGGUAAUGGUACAAGCCCAAUAGUUGCAUCCAUGACUUCUACUUCAAGCUCACCUAAUUUCGAGGCGAAUUUUUCGGUCGAUUGUACUGGAUUCGGGUCGGAUGUUAGUUUUGGAAACUCGGGUUACUAUCCAUAA